AUGUCUCCUGGAGCAUUUAGUUGUGUAUUCGGUUCAACUUGGAAUACCGUUUUCAAACGAUUUGGAAUAACAUUAUUAAAAACUUUAUUCAUCUAUUUAAUAACAUUUUUAUUUGUUCAAUUGCCAACAUUUUUGAAUUUAAUAAUGACAUUAGGAAGAGAUGAGGAUCGAUCUAGACUACAAAAACGAAUUCGUGCAAAAAUAACUAAUCCUUCUGAUUGUUCAGCACCAUAUCGUGCUGUUGAAGUUCUUGAUAAACUUCGAACUACACCUGAUGAAUAUGUUAAAACAUUAGCUGAUAUACCAGAGUAUUGCCUUCAACAUUAUGCUGAUAAAGAAACAUUAGGUGUUCGAGAAAUUCUUGAUGUUCAAGAUGAAAAACAAUCAAACGGAAAAAUAUUUAAAAAGUUUGUAUUGGGUGAAUAUAAAUUUACAACAUAUCGUGAAACAUAUAAUCAUAUUGAAGCUAUUGGUCGAGGUUUAUUAUCUAUUGGAGCUAAGCCAGGUGAUAAAGUUUUAAUAUUUUCUGAAACACGUUCUGAAUGGUUAUUAACUGCAUUUGCUGCUUUUCGUCAUGGUAUAACUGUUGUUACACUUUAUGCAACUUUGGGUGAAGAAGCUGUUAAACAUGGAAUUAAUGAAUCACAAGUAUCAAUUAUUUUUACUUCAAAUGAAUUACUAACAAAACUUGAACAAAUAUUAGAUCAUACAGAAAAAGUUCGUCAUGUUAUUUAUUUUCCGUCUCUUGCGAAAUCACAAACAGUAAAAUUAUCUAAAGAUAAACAUAAUAUUGAAUAUAUUCCAUUAAGUCAAUUAGAAGAGAAAGGAAAAAAUGCCACUAUUAAUGAUGAUAUUGUACGAAAACGACCUAAUAGAAAAGAUAUUGCUGUUAUUAUGUAUACUAGUGGUAGUACUGGUACACCAAAAGGUUAG